AGAAAAGUAACGUCUAGAAGGUUGUUCCACAAUGGUAACUUCGUCCAACGAUUUUUACGUGAAUUUGACUCCGUCGCUAUAGUAACCAAUGAAAUUUUAUAAACGUAAACAAAUACUUAAUUCUAUUCUGUAAAUAGUAGUUACCAGUCAUCAUAUAUUAAUUUACUCUUUGCCAGUCAUAAUAUUUUUAUGGUUAGUCUACAAAAGUAUCUUUUACUGAUUAUAAUGUACAAUGGAAAAGGAGAUGAACCCCGAGAUAGUAAAAGCUACUCAAAUAUCACUCGGGAAAUACGUGAAACGUCCUCCACUUACUGAUAAGUUGUUAAAAAAACCACCAUUUAGAUUUCUUCAUGAUAUCAUAACUUCGGUAUUGAAAUCGACAGGGUUUUUCAGUGGUUUAUUUGAUGAGGAAGAGUUGAUUUCUGACAAUGUUAAAGAUAGGGAAAGUAAAAUAUUGUUUCUCAAUAAAAUAAUAACCGUCAUAGGUACUACAACGGGAAAAUCUUUGUCUGUUAAACCAUCAAAAAUAAUAGCUGGUCAAGAGCCAGAAAGAACAAAUGAACUUUUGCAAUGCCUUGCUCUUGCUUUAGAUAAUAAUUUAUCUUCAGACGAGGCUGUAAAGUCAUAUAAAGAAACUGUAAAGUUGAAUUCAUCAAGUAACAAAAAAACCAGGGAUGCUGUCAGCCCUGUAAAAAAAAGUUCCGAAUCGAGAAAAAUAAACUCUAAAAGUAGUGAUAAAUCGAUAAAAAACGUUAAGAGUGAUAAUAAUGGUACUAAAUCUAAGAAUAAAGAAAUCAACAACAUUAAAAAAGAAACAAAUUCAAAAAAAUCAUCGCUUCCACCAAAAGCCACUAAAAAAGUUAUAGAAAAAGUAAAACAAGCGAAUACUAUAAAAACUUCAGACGACGAAAUUAUAAGAGAUAGUGACAAUUUUGAAAUAAAAGUUGAUCAAAAUUCUAGCCUCGAUGUGCUUGAUGAUCUGGAUGAUGCAGAUGUAACAAAAGAAGUUAAUGCUGAACCCGAUGUAAAUGUUAAUAAUGAAUAUUUACCAUCACAAGAAUCAUCAAAAGAUGAGGAUAAACAUGAAGGGACAUCUAAAACUGAAAACAUUAUAGCUGAAGAUAAUUUGACAAAUCAUGAAUAUUCAACAUUUGGUACAGAACACGUGGAAAAUAAAUAUGAAAAUAAAGAAGAAACUAUAAAAUCAAACAAUGAACUUGAACAAUCCAUACCUCAUCAAAAAACUGAAGUUGAAAUAAUCCAGAAAAGUAAUGAAAAUAACAGUACAACCGAUCACAAUAUUGUACAAACGCAUGACAAAAAAGUCACUGACACUUCUAACAUCAAGACAUCAGACAUCAAGAGACCGUCAAGCGUUAGACCAUCUUCUUCAAGACCAGGUGCACCAAGGAUUCGCGAAAAGCAUGAUAAUAUUAUUACAAGUGUUGAAAAUCUUGUGGGAUGUAAAGUAAAUAUUAUAGCAGAAAAAACAGUCAAUGAAGAGGAAGAUGAACCUACCAUCGUAAUAAUGGAUAAUACAGAUAACAUCACAAGUAUGCAAGAGGAAAAUGCCCAUUUACAGACAUCAUCUGAUCAGCAUGGUCAUUUGGUUCAACAAAUUUUGAACGCACAAAAAGAAUUUACCCAAGCUGCAGGAAUUACAGAAAUUGAGUGGCAAUUUGGAGCUCAAAAAGCAAGAGAUGUAAUGCAUCAAGAAUUUGAACAAAUAAGGUUUAAUGUGCAAGCUCUUUCGAGAGUAGCUAAUCCCCUCGGCAAAUUAUUAGAUCACAUUCAAGAAGACGUUGAAGUAAUGCGCCAAGAACUGCAACAAUGGAAGAUGUCAUAUGAACAUGCUUCAAAAGAACUACAAAAACAAAAAGCUGCAACUGAAGAAUAUUUAUUACCCCUUUAUGCACGGAAAAAGCAAUUAGAUGUGGAAAUAGCAGAGAAACAGGAUAAAAUAAACGAUCUAAAAAUUAUAAUACAUAAAAACGUCUCUAGGAUUGAUAAACUAUUAUCGAGUGCGAAUAUUUAAUAACCUAUUGUUUAUUAGACAUAAAUUAUAUAAUGUACUUAGUAAUAAAUAAUAUAACUACUUAGAUAUUAAGUACCAUAAUUAUAAUUGUUAAAGUUUGCACAUUUCAAUCAGUAAAAUAUAAUAAAAC